AGCAUUUGUUAAAUUAUUAUUGUAUUUGUGAAGUUGUUAAGUUCCAUUUGAAAUUAUGAGAUUCCGAACUCUCUGCAUUGAAGCCAAAACACAAAACAAAGCAGGUCUGCAAAUCGAGCCGCCGCCGCGUUCCACAUUCUUCUUAAGUAAACCAUGAGGAUGAUCAUCCGUGAUCUCUCUCUCUUCCUUAUAAAUACUUAACACGUCUCACCGCGAUUAGGUAUAUAUUAUUUGGUAGUGGUCGAGCAACAUCUCAUAUUCGUAUUUCGUGUUGUUUCUGGCCGACAGAGUACAUUGUAUUCCCCGAUAAUGCAACUGCAUAUUCUAUUUCCGAUUGUCGUUUUGACCUUAAGUAAUCGAGUAAACUGUGAAACUAUUCCAACCAAUAGCAGUCAGUUAGAAGGGACAGUUUUGUUACGAAAACAGCGAGAUGUGGACUCGUAUUUGGGAUUGGUUUCGUGUGCCAUGAAGUACGAUGUGCCUUGCUUUUUGGACAGCGCUCAGAACUACUUGGAAGGACGAAAAAGCGAACUGCUUGCUGAAGCUGAUGCAGCAGCAGCCAGAUCCCUUGGCCGCUCGGACCCAGACAGCAAGCCCUCACAACUGGCACUCACGCUAAACAAAUUGAUUUCUGAGUUUAGCGGUUUGUUUAAAGACGGAUUUAUGAGUUUUUUCAAGGAGAGCAGGGAGGCCGAUGACGAUGAGAAUGAGGAGAACGAGCUGACCACCGCUAUGACGAACGGCGAGACCCGCGGCAAAAAGAAACAACAGAAGAAAAAACUAAACUCUUUACUGAAACUAUUUGCUGUUGGUUUUGUGCUCUAUGCAAAAAUAUCUCUAGUUCUUAAAAUUUUUCACGCCGCUCUUCAAUUUAAAUUCUAUCUUCUCGCUGUGGGUGGCUUGGUGCUUCAGGCGCUCAAACUCUGGGCCAGUGUUAAGAAAGAAGCCCAUCCAAGCAAAGUGAUCUACUACGAGAACGCUCAUCAUCAGCAUCAUUACGCCCCUGGAGAGGACGAUGCUCAUUCGUUAUGGGCCAGCAGGGCAUUUGACCGACCUGCGAAAGCCAAAGGUUCGGGUUUUGGGCUUGGUUCCACGUUGACUUAACGAAUAGCCCAACCAUAUUUUUAAGAAAAAAGAACCACCACCAAAAAUUACAUUUUUAUUCAAGUGCAUAUCAAAAAGUGUGAAGUGUUUGGUUUAAGUUCUGAAAGGUAGGUGUAUUCUGUAAUAACUAGGCAUGUGCAUAUCUGCAUGAAAUCAUACAUUUUCGAACUAUUGAAAUCACUUUACCAGUUACAUGCAAUACAGAUUACACUCACUCAUGCACACGCACAAGAGCGAAUUAGUUAAUGCAUUGUCUCUCUUCGUUCAUAAUAAUAUCUAGAUAGACAUACAAAUGUUGAAACGCAAUAAACCGAUGAAUGGUUGGAAAGUUAAUUGACGAAAAACCAGGAUAAGGCUUUCGUUAUUCGUCAACACGUAAAAACCUUGCCAACAAUAUUACCAUUAUUACAAUUAAACUUUACUAGGAAUAUGGCCUGGGUAACACUGUGUUGAGUUGCGCUAUUAAGUUGUUGCCGCUCUCUGAGUUAACGAGUUAUGACUGAUCUCACCGGUUAAUGAGUUAUAUUAAAGUCAUUUAUUAAAGCUAUUUCCGAGUUAGGCCCUAGACUGGCAUUUUAACAUCUCAAACAAAAGGUUAUCAAUAUUUUUUCUGAGUAAACUUUCACUACUUUGUUGAAACAAGUAAAAAAAGUCAACAGAACUGAGUCCAAAUAAAGUGGGCGAGUUUUCUUGUCUUGUAAAAUCGAUCUCUUAAUUUUUUUUGCAUAAAAGAUUGAGUUUAUCAGUAUUUUACAGUACAUAGGAAAAACUCGGUUUUUCGGAAAGUGAAGAAACUCCAGUUUCCAAGAGUUUUCCAAGCAUUUUUGCAAAGUGGUUAAGGA